GUCUCUAUAUAUAGACUCUUCCUCUACCAAUAUUCCACGCAUUAAUCCGAAAAAUGAAGAGGUGGAGAGCCAUAUCAACCGUUGUAAUAGUAGCGGUGGCAGUCAUGGUUUCCGGCUGCGAAAGCAGAGGCGUGGGCGGGUCGAAGAGGAGCACCGAAUUCAUCCGUACAUCCUGCUCCGCCACCGCCUACCCCACGCUCUGCUACUCCUCCCUUUCCACCCACGCCGCCGCCAUCCAGCAAAACCCCAAGCUCCUCGCCACCGCCGCCCUCUCCGUCAGCCUCGCCACCGCCGUCUCCACCUCCGCCGACAUGGUCAGGCUCUCCCGCGCCGCCGGCAUGACGCCCCGCGAGGUCGGCGCCAUGCAGGACUGCGUGGAGGAGCUGGCCGACUCGGUCGAGCUCAUCAGAAAAUCAUUGGCGGAGAUGAAGCAGAUCGAGGCCGUGACCGGCGAUGCUCAGACAUGGCUCAGUGCCGCCUUGACGGAUGAGGAGACCUGCAUGGACGGCUUCGCCGGGAAGAUUAUGGCGGGCGGUGUGAAGACGGCGGUGAGAGGGAAGAUUGUGAAUGUGGCGCAUAUGACUAGCAACGCCUUGUGUCUCGUCAAUUCCUAUGCUACUACUCUUCAUGAUUGAUCCACAUGCUUUUUAGAUUUUACCAUUCAUAAAUAUGGCUAGAUAUUGAGUUUAAUUUGUUGUCUAUGCAUGUGCCUCUUUUAGUAUAGUACAAUUGCAAGUGUAUAAGUUGGUCAUGUAUGUACGAUUUGAAUGCUUAGUUAGUGGAUUCUAUGGCAUCAAUGAAAUUUAAAGUUGAGAGUUUGGUAGUAUUAA